AUGUCUGCCAGAGUGCUUCGGAUUGCUGCCAGCCAUUUUAAGGUGCACUCAUUUUCAAUUCACUCGCCUAAGCCCCUUGACUUCCAUUUUGCGCGGCUUCAUUCUUCUAGCUUGUAUUACCUCCAUCAGUUCUGCCCUUCUUCCCCUUGCUCCGGUGCGCAUCCUUUGAACUUGAACGAAUGCCGGAUAUUAGUUGUCGGACUUUCUAGAUUGAUAAAGAGCAAGAAAGGAUUCGUCUUGAAGGCAUUUUCUCUCAAGUUUUCCCCUUACUUCCUGGUGAAGACCAUGAAACUGUUGGAAUCCCGUGAAGCCGCAUUUGCAUUCUUCAAACUUGCGUUUCAGAAUGAUGAUUCUCAGGAUACAGUUGAGUCCUGCUGCAUUGCGGCCCACGCCUUGGCUGCGGAGAAUUUCAGGUGUCUUGCACAGGAUGUUGUUUCGUUGGUGUUUCGGAGAAUCGGGUCUCGGAGGAGUAGAGAGUUGGUGGAUUUUAUGUGGGGCAAGCACAGUGGAUUUGAAUCUGAUUUCUCAGUUCUUGACACUAUCAUGCGCAGUUUCUUGAAUGCAAAUAUGGGUUAUGAGGCGCUUGACAUUUUAGGCAGGAUGAGGGAGUCAGGAGUUAGGCCAAGUUCAUCUGCUAUCACUAUUCUGUUGAAGUUUCUGCUCAAAGUUGGUGAUUUCGCUGGUACGUGGAAGUUGUUCAGGGACGUUGUUCGCGUAGGUAAAGGAAAUGUAGAAGAAGCGAGAAAGAUAUUUGAUGGGAUUGAGCAAUUCGGUCUCUCGCCUACUGUUUCAACAUACAAUACGAUGUUGAAUGGAUAUCUGAAGGCAAAGAAAGUCACUCAGGCAAAGAUGCUUUAUGAAGAAAUGAAAAGUAAGUGCAUACCGCCAGAUGGUGUGACAUUCAAUACGUUAGUCGCUGGAUAUUAUAGGUAUGGGAGCGGAGAGGAUGUUGACCGCUUGUUGACAGAUGUAUCUGUAUCAGGGUUGCUUCCACCUUGUUCACUAUAUGAUAUCUCCAUUGCAGGGCUAUGUUGGGCAGGGCACAUGGACAAAGCAAUUCAACUCCUGAAAGAUGUUCUGGAGAAGGGAGUAUGUCUAAGUAGUGUUGCUUUUAAUUCUGUUAUUGUUGCCUGUAGCCAAUUAGGACAAGAAGAGAAUGCCUAUAAAGUCUAUAGACUCAUGCUCACUUUCGGUAUAGCUCCUUCUUCUCUGACAUGCAGUUCCUUACUUAUGGGUUUGUCCAAGAAAGGUAGAGUGCAAGAAGCAACAGAACUUUUGCAUAAAAUGAUUGACAAGGGAUUUCGUAUCAACAGAAAAGCUUUUACGAUUAUCGUGGAUGGGUGUUUCAAGAGAGGGGAUGUUGAUGGGGCUUGCAGUCUAUGGGAUGAAAUGGAAGGGAUGGGUAUGCAUGCUGAUGUUGUUGCCUAUUCAGCUGUCAUUGAUGGCCUUUCGAAAGCAGGCUUGAUGGAAGAGGCAUAUAAUGUAUUCUUGGAAAUGUCAAUGAAAGGCUGCAUCCCCAAUAGUUUUACAUACAACUCCUUGAUUCUUGGGUUUUGCAACUCUGGGAAUCUAAGUCAUGCUCUGCAGUUGGAGAAAGGGAUGAGGCAACAAGGCCUUCUUCCUGACACAUUUACAAUGAAUAUCAUCAUUCGCGGAUUCUGUAAAGUAGGAAACAUGAAGAUGGCGGAGGAUGCAUUUGCAGAAAUGUUUCGUUCUGGUUUAACCCCUCCUGAUAUUGUCACAUACAACACUUUGAUCAGUGGAUAUUGCAAAGCAUUUGAAACGGUUCAUGCAGAUGAGCUAGUGCAGAGAAUGUAUGCGGGGGGAUGGGAACCAGACAUCAACACGUAUAACAUCCGAAUUCAUGGGUAUUGUAAUACUAAAAAAAUGAAUCGAGCUGUGAUCCUGCUGAAUGAGUUGAUCACAAUGGGGAUUACUCCAGACACGGUAACAUACAACACCUUGAUAAGUGGAGUAUGUACAGAUGUUCUGGAUCGUGCGGUGAUCUUGAGUGCCAGACUAAUUAAAAUGGGGUUUGCGCCAAAUGCUGUCACCACCAAUAUAUUGCUGUCUCAGUUUUGCAAACAAGGAAUGCCUGAGAGGGCCUUGAUGUGGGUCAAGCAAUUGAGUGAGAUUCCAUUUGUUCUGGAUGAAAUUUCUUAUAAGAUUAUGGGGAGAGCUUUCAGCAAUAUCCAGAAUAAGGUGGAACUUGUGCGAGGAACAUAUGAAAAGACACUCUUUCUGGAUUUCCUCAUGUAUAUCACAUAUGAUUAUUUUUGUAGAACUAGCCGUAAGGCACAGAGGACUACAGUUGAGGAUCCUCUUAAACUGACUGAACUUUCUUGUGUUGGAUAUUGAGCAUAAGGAUCAGUCUAUAGAGGAGAAAGGCAUUACAUUGCAAAAGGCGAUAGGGAAAGGAGACCAGAGUCUCACCAGUUCCUAGGCCAUGUGCAUUGUUGAAGCAACCAAAACAAGUUUGCCAUGAUUCUGAUUGUUCUGCAAAGACUUCUCUUUGCAGUCUUGACAAUCAAUGCUCACAACAAACUGAACCCUGUCAAGCAUGACCUUUACUUAGGAGACUGAAUUCUGUAAGGGCAAUUCAGUCUGGCUGUAUGUUACAAGGAAGGAGGCAUGUGGCAUCGCUCCUCAUCUGAUGUCAUGGGUAUGCUUGGGCCUUGGGAUACUGAAACGAAAAGGCACGACCUGGAGAAGCAAUGAGCAAAAUCAGAUUCUCGGGUGCGCUGUUGCUGGAAGCCAAGAAUUUCAUUGUGGAGAAUAGAUAUACCUCUACGCUUUGGAUAGUAUGUAAAUUCGCCUAGCAUUUGGAGAAGAAUGGAUUGCUGCUGAACUCUGCAAAUGGAAAUGGCAGCAUGGACAUUUUCAGGUUCUCCGCCCCUACCCUCGUGUAUUACCGAUCCUCCAAAGGUCGGCCAAUGGAGAUUGCUCAGUGUGACAACCAAACUUUUGAACCAGCAGCAUCCACAAGCUCCCUUCCUCAGUACAAUCACCACCGGUUAAUAUCGAUGUCAAUCCCAUGUGUAACAGUUCAAGCUUAUAACUGUACUGCAUGCCUAAAGCAUUUCAUUGCAACAUGAACAUGUCUUGAGCUAUAUGCUAUUAUUAUCAGUGUCAUCAACGAGGUCACCAUUCACCAA